AUGUCCAGCCACGUGGAAGAGAUUUCACAGCACUGGUUGGUGUCCAAGAUCUUCUUGUCGUACCUGAUUGCUAUCACUGGGAGUUUCUGCACGAUCCAGUUGAUGGAGAAAUGGCGUAGUGCUAUUGACACGAGGGACAAGUUAAUACUCAUGCUGUUAUCGUCGAUUGCUUUGGGUGGCUGUGGCAUUUGGUGCAUGCACUUCACGGGCAUGAACGCGCUCGAGCUGACGCGAGAUGAUGGCUCGGUGCUCACUGUGGACUUCGAGGCUGGUCUGACGAUACUUUCGUUCAUCUGUGCGGUUGGUGGCGUCUUCGUUGGUCUCAAGAUCGCGUCUGCUGACCCCUUCUUCCUUGAACUGGAGCAGGAGAAGCGCAAGAACAUUUUGGUGAAAGACUUGGCCUCAACUGCUAUGGCGGACGUUGUCAACAAGCAGAAAGUUGCCAAGCGCAUCAAAUUCAUCGCCUUGUUCUCGCGUCUCCCCAGAAUUGCCGGUGGAGGACUCUUCGCCGCACUUGGCGUUCUCGUCAUGCAUUAUCUGGGUAUGAUGGCCCAGCGAACGCACGCUGAUAUGACCUUAACUGCUGGGCUUGUGGUAUUGUCUGUGCUCAUCGCAUUCUUCACGGCGACUGCUGCGUUCUGGAUCCUGUUCCGAGCCCUGACAUUUUUCCAGGACAGUGAAUUGCUUCGAUUGGGAAGUGCUCUUACCAUGGGCAUAGCUGUUUGUGGAACUCAUUACUCGGGUAUGGGGGCAGCCAGCUACACUUUCAAUGCUGAAGGGAUGGGAGACGGCGGUCUGGUGAUGAAAGGAUCCCAAGCAGCUAUCCUGGCAUCUCAUGGUUCAUUGCUCUUCUGCUACUGGGUGAUGACCUGGAGUGUUGCUUCCAGUUAG